AUGGCUCCGGCAAACGCCCCGCGCAACGGGAAAUAUGCAAAAUCUUCACAGCGAACCUUGAAGCGCAAGCGCGUGCAAGAAGACCUAUCUUCCCUCGUCCAGCGAGUGGAAGAUCUCGAUCUUAAAGAGUCCUUUAAAGCCUUCACCGACCUCCCUCUCUCCGAACCGACGCUCUCCGGUCUAUCCGCAUCGCAUUACAAGACCCUCACUGAUAUUCAGUCUCGCGCGGUGAGCCAUGCGUUGAAGGGCCGCGAUAUUCUUGGAGCUGCAAAGACCGGUAGCGGCAAGACGCUGGCCUUCCUCAUCCCCGUUCUGGAAAACCUGUACCGCAAGCAGUGGGCCGAACACGAUGGACUGGGUGCUCUGAUUCUGUCUCCGACUCGCGAACUCGCCAUUCAGAUCUUCGAGGUUCUGCGCAAAGUCGGCCGCUACCAUCACUUUUCGGCCGGCUUGGUCAUUGGUGGAAAGAGUCUCAAGGAGGAACAGGAGAGAUUGGGGAAGAUGAACAUCUUGGACCCCGAGUACGUCGCGGUCCAUGAGGCGGCGGCAUCCGCCACUCCGUCGACCCUUCAGCAACACUACGUCGUCACGCCGUUACCGCAGAAGCUCGAUAUUCUGUGGAGUUUCAUCCGGAGUAACUUGAAAUCGAAGACGAUCGUCUUUCUGUCCUCAGGCAAGCAGGUGCGAUUUGUCUACGAAGCCUUCCGUCACCUUCAACCCGGUAUUCCGUUGAUGCAUCUGCACGGUCGCCAGAAGCAGGGAGGCCGGCUUGAUAUAACGACCAAAUACUCUCAGGCCAAGCAUGCCGUUCUGUUCUCCACUGACGUCGCCGCGCGUGGUCUCGAUUUCCCGGCUGUCGACUGGGUCAUUCAGCUGGACUGCCCUGAAGAUGCCGAUACGUAUAUCCACCGAGUCGGACGUACGGCACGGUAUGAACGAGAUGGUCGCGCAGUACUUUUUCUGGACCCCAGCGAGGAGCAGGGCAUGCUCAAACGCCUCGAACAGAAGAAGGUCCCAGUCGAAAAGAUCAACGUUAAGGCCAACAAGCAGCAGAGCAUCAAGAACCAACUACAAAACAUGUGUUUCAAGGACCCCGAACUCAAGUAUCUCGGCCAGAAGGCCUUCAUCUCCUACGUGAAAUCGGUCUACGUGCAGAAGGACAAGGAAAUUUUCAAACUGAAGGAUCUGGACCUGGAAGAAUUCGCCUCCAGUCUGGGUCUCCCUGGUGCCCCUCGAAUCAAGUUUAUCAAAGGUGACGAUACCAAGGAACGCAAGAAUGCGCCGCGCGCCGUGGCACACCUGUCCAGUGACGACGAUGAGUCGGACGCCGAGGACGACGAAAAGAAGUCCAAGAAGAAGGAUGCGCCGCAAGUGCGCACGAAAUAUGACCGCAUGUUCGAACGUCGGAACCAGGACGUUCUGGCAGGUCACUACACGAAACUUAUCAACGACGAUGGCACAUUGGCUGACCCCAAGGCCACCGAUGAGGCUGAUGAAGAUAACGACUUCCUGUCUGUUAAGCGCCGCUUCGAUGCUGGCGAUAAACAGCUGGAGGUUGGCGGCAGCUCAGACGAGUCUGGUUCGGAUUCCGAGGCGGAGACUGGAAAGAAGGACGUCAAGGUGGUGAACAUUGACGGCAAAGAACCUCUGGUGAUCGACUCCAAACGCCGCGAGAAGCUUCUCAAGUCCAAGAAGAAGCUGCUUAAGUUCAAGGGCAAGGGAACCAAGCUCAUCUACGACGACGAAGGCAACGCGCACGAGAUCUACGAGAUGGAGGACGAGGAGCAGUUCCGCGCCAAGGGCGAUGCCAAGGAGCAGCAGGCGCGGUUCCUGGCGGCGGAGGCGGAGCGGACGCGCUUGGCCGACGUGGAGGACAAGGAGCUUGUCAAGCAGAAGCGGCGCGAGAAGAAGGAGAAGCGCAAAGCCCGCGAACGCGAGCUCCUGGCGCAGGAGGAGCAGGAGGAAAUGCUGGUCCAACUUCCUCCGCCAGAGGACGACGACCAAGGUCGGUUCUCCCCCUCGGAGGACGAGGCUCCUCGCCCCAGCAAGAAGCAACGCGUGCAGUUUGCCGAACCCGCGGAAAGCGAAGAAGAGCGGCGUCCCAAGAAGCCGAAGAAGUCGACGGCCGAGCCCAAGGAGAUCCAGACUCUGGAGGAUCUGGAGUCUUUGGCUACGGGCUUGCUUGGUUGA